UCUCAGGAUCAUGAAUAUUACGUUCAAAAGUAUCUGCGACAAAACAUGGAAAGUUAUCCUGAAGGAUAAGCUCUUCGUGUUUACUGUAGUUGCCGUUAUCCUCGGGUUGAUUUUGGGUGUGAUCAUACAGCAGGAUCAUACUCCUUACUCAACUGACUUACUUGUGGUACUUCUCAAGUUCCCGGGCGAAAUUCUCCUCCGCAUGUUAAAAUGUAUAAUACUCCCUCUGGUUGUUGCCAGUGUCAUAACGGGACUAGGAGAUAUAAAUGCUAAAUCUUGUGGAAAGAUCGGCGGUGUUGCUGUGGCCUACUACAUCUCCACUACAGUAAUCGCUGCAAUCCUAGGACUCUGCUUGGUUUCCAUAAUAAGGCCAGGAUCAGGAGAUCAGAGCGACUUCAUCAGCAAAGACGGAGUGACAAUAAACGAGAACACUAACACACUCGACACAAUCAUGGACUUGCUGCGAGCUGCUUUUCCAGAUAACAUAGUUGAGGCUACAUUCGGUAAGGACGCGACUGAACUCACUGAGAUAACCAGGGACGAUGGAUCAAAAUAUCUAAAGCGAAACUUACAGUUCAAAUCCGGAAUAAACAUGAUAGGAGUGAUAGUGUUCGCAAUUGUAGUCGGGGUGAUUAUGUCUCUGUACCCCGAGGAAUCUGCCCCGCUUAUGAAGGUGGUCCAGGCAGUUAAUGACGUGACAAUGAGACUAGUCACUCUUAUACUGUGGUAUUCUCCCAUUGGUAUAUUCUUUCUUAUCGCUGGACAGUUUGCUGGGGUUGAAAACUUUGGAGAGAUGGUUGCACAAUUGGGAUUGUAUGUUGUGACAGUGCUCGUUGGAAUCGCUAUUCACUUCUUCAUUAUUCUUCCUAGUAUUUUCUUCGCUUUUACCCGCAGCAAUCCGAUCCCAUAUUACUACAACAUGUUACCAGCGUUAGCAACAGCAUUCGGAACAGCUUCCAGCAGCGCCACAAUGCCAGUUACUCUAAAGUGUGUGGAGGAGAAAAAUGGAAUUUCUUGGAGAAUUUCUCGGUUCGUCAUCCCAGUCGGAGCAACCAUCAACAUGGACGGUACUGCGCUCUAUGAAGCGGUUGCCUGCCUUUUCAUCGCUCAAGUAAAAGGCAUAUCCCUGAACUUUGGUCAAGUUAUCGUGACUGGACUAACAGCGACUCUAGCUGCUGUUGGAGCUGCUGGUAUUCCCUCUGCUGGUCUCGUUACCAUGGUGAUGGUGCUCAACGCUGUCGGACUACCUGUUGAUAUGUUGGCUGUGAUCUUAACUGUUGAUUGGUUUUUGGACAGAUUCCGUACCAUGACGAACGUUAUGGGAGAUGCGCUGGGUUGUGCUGUCGUACAGUCAAUGUGCUCAAAAGAGCUCGCCGAGAUGGAUCAGGAUACUGAACUGCAGAUGGUGGGAGAGAAGAGUUAAGCUGAUGACGUCACUAAAUGUUUAGGGGACAUACACCAGAACCUUUUUUUGUUGGACCCUCGAUUUGACUUUUUAUUUUGAAAAUAUAGAUAAAAACAAUAUGAUUUGACGUAACUGUAACGUCGCGACUAGCGAUACUUCUUAGUGACUGAUUAUGUAAGAAAAUGUAAAUAAACAUCAAAAAAGAGAAAGGUCCUUUAAAAAAAUGAUACGGAUAGUCUUGAUUCUUAAAACUAUUCUUCACUCUUUCUUGUUUCUUUGAAAAAUAUAUCUGCUCAGAAAAGCGAACAAAGAUUAACAAAAAACGGUCUAAAGAACGAUAAAUAAUAAAUACUGAUAAUUUAGAAUAUACUGCCGUAUUAGUAUUACAACACAUGACUUUUUGUAAGAGUUGGAUACUUUUAUUUGUUU